AUGGAAAGUAGGCAUGCAUUCGUUCGCUCGUGCACAUUUGCAAAUGGACCUGCGCUCUCGGCUGCUUCGUUGAACCUUUGCACCUCAUCCGACUGGUCGAUCGGCUUCCGCGCGGAUAUUCCACAUGCCGGAAUUAGUCGUCGUGGCGACCAGCCUGAGGCAAGCUCUGACCUCAUAAACUCCCACGGGGCUGGAGGAGGCGGAACUGGGGCGAGCCGUGGAAGCAACCUGAUCAUCGGCCUCGGCGGUGGCAAUGACCUCUUCACCGUGGCAAUCGUCGCCGUCGGCAUUGGUUUGGUCUUGGUCGCAGUCGUCUGUAUCGCGUUCGGCUGCGUUAUGAGGUGA